AUGAGCUCAUCGUUUCCCUGGGGCAUUGAUGGACUAGACAAGUCUCGAUUUGAAGCUUAUGCCAAACUCUUACGGCUAAAGAAUGGCGGCCAGAUUGAGGAGGCUUCGAACUUCUCCGAAAUACUCGACGAAGACAUCGAAUUAGAGAAGUCGGACGACACCGAUUCCGUCAACGCGAACGCAUUCCUGUCGUUUGAUGAGAGAAAAAUGAAGAGGGCAUUCCUUGAUAGGCUAUCUGAGCUUAUUGCAAAUGAGAAAGGCGGCCAUCAUGUCUCCUCAUCUCUGAUGAUCGCGUGGCCAGAUCGAGUCGAUAUUCUCGUAGCAAGAAAUAAUGGAUUCAGAGAAGGGGAUGUCACUCUCCGCAUGCUGGAAACUAUCGCUUCUAGCCUCCGAGAUAUCUCCACGCUUGAUUCCUCAGAUCCUGUCGCCGCUUCUACCAAACAGAAUCUUUGGACAUCAUUGGUACAAUCGUACAGGCCCAGAUUAAGCGAUUACAUGAUUCAGGUCAAAAGAACCUUGAAAGAGACUAUCCCACCUGAGGGGGGCCUGAUAGAGACUCUGCCCUUAGACGAUCGCGCAGCAUCUCUUCUUUUGUGCCUCAAGGGAUUUCGCGCCCUUAUUGAUGUUGCGGCACGUUCGCAAACGCAGGAUGAUCUUGAAGAGGUUGUAAAGAGCGCCCACAACAUCUUCUCUUUCUACAAGGAGCAUGAUUUUGAUAAGAUUACCAGCAACAAUACCAAUAUCAGGUCACUGAGAGACGCGCUGGGCUUCCUCGAGAGGCUCUCCGGCUUUCAAAAUCUUCGUAUCCUCCCGGUGAUGGAUCCACCGACUGGCGCAGCCAAACCGAAAGGGACGGAUCGAAACAAUGCCUGGUCGUUGGCGGAGACUUUUUCAUCUCUGGGCCUUGCACUAAACGACAAAACAGCGGAAUCUCUUGUCGGAACUGGAAAAAGGAAAGGGUCUUGGACGAAGAACAAACUGCUCCGAAGGUUUGACAAGAUGAAGUCAUCGGCCUCUGAAGUACACGCAGAAAUGCAAGUCAUUUUGGCGGCGACAAAACACAACUGUACGGGCGCGGCAAUAUUCAACUAUGUGGGCUGCAGUAAGCGCAGCUGCUUCCUUUGUUCCAGGGUCAUUCAGAGCUAUGGGUCUUACACGACAAGGGGAUGUCAUGGCAAGCUCUACGAUCUCUGGACUGUGCCCGAACUUCCAUGGCUCACUAAGGAUGAACGCUUAAGGCUCGUUCAAGCUCUCAAGAAUGUCGAGAGAGCCAUGAAGAAAUCUCUACGUGAUAAGAAGACUGAAGGACUUAUCCAUGCCAAGGAAUCCACGAUCGGGGGCUCUUCAGUUGCGACCAGAAGACAGCAAUCUGACCAAACCCCUUAUAUGAUGUCCCUCGUCUCAGAGUAUCUCAGAUCGCAGCGCCAAGGAAUGAGGUCCAAUGCUGGCAAGAAAGAAGAUUUUUCGAGCCUUGAAGGAUUAAGUCAGCCUUCGCUAGACGGAACUCAAUACGAGGCCAAUCUGGAUACACUUUUGUUUGGCCAAACUCAAGGUCGUUCCGAGACGACGAUACCGAAACCUGAACAGCUUCGAGGCGAAUGUUCCGUUUGCGAAAGAGAAACCAAUCGCCACUGUCAAUUCUGUAACCUGGAUUGGUUUUGUCGUAAAGAGUGUCAGGAUAAAAUGUCAUUUCGUCACCUCACCAAGUGUUCCGCUCGCUCGAUAACAACUGCCGACAUACUCUAUAGUGAUGUUAUUGGGGACCGGCUUCCGCAAGACCCAGAGACAUGUGAGCAUUUUGGGUUCACCCGGUGCCGCGACGGGAGAGAGAAAUCUUAUCUCUCUGGCCUUUAUCAAGGUCUUGUGUAUUUGGAUGUUGAGGCUAUCCAGCUAAACGAAUGGCGAGAGAAAGGUAUCCUUGUGAGCAAAAUCAUAGAGGCGUUUUCCAGGUUGUCUGAGCAGAACCGUGGGGGCUACUUCCCAUGGUUCCUUCGAAACCAGCAUAUCCUUGACAGCUCAACCCCACCUCUUCAGCUUGAUGGAAAGGAUAAUCCCCUCCAACGGGCUGUAAACGCCGCGAGGCCCUACCUCGACCUAGAAGAUCGCGACAAGGACCUUCAACAGUUAGAGCCACCAUCGAAACGGCAUUGCUUCCUAUUUUAUGCUAUGGCCUUGGACAGCUCGUAUCCAAACCCAUAUUGGGCCGAAUUGGAUAUAUGGUACGAUUUUGGCUUCGCAGUUUGUCGUGGCGAAUACUAUCAAAGUCAACUUGGGGCCCUCUAUAGUCAGCUUGUUGGUGGUAACAAAUCAAUGAGAGAUUACGACCAAAGUCUAGGGGUUAAACCAGAAAAUUAUCCUGAUAUGCCUACAUGUUCAUUCAACGAAUUUUGGUUGGCCUACAGAAACGGUAGCCUUGGAAAGCUCUUCCACCAAUACGGUUUAGGGGGCCAAAUGAGUCGUUACUUGGGCUUGCAGGAAUUUCUAUCUUUCUCGCUGAACCAACGUGAACUGCGCCCAUCAGUUUGGAGGUUGAAACAUUUCCUGGCCCUCGAUCCUAACGAUCCGCUAGGCAACCUUCCUAAAGUUGAAGCAGCCGCUCAUGAAUACGGGUUCACAUCGCAGCUCAACGCGGGGACAAGGCUGGCUUUGAGGCAAUUUUAUGAACAGUUAUUUGAGAAGGUUAAUCCACUCAGGAUCCAUGACGCAAAGAAUUGUGGCAAAUUGCUUGAUUAUGUGGAAAGCAAACUUGGUGUCAUUGAUGAUGGCGUCCGGCAUGUAUUGCGACAGUUUGGCUGA